CACUCGAGAAACAGUUAAGACGCGGUGGGACCCCACAGUGUGAGUGUUUGUGAGUGUUGUUACCAUUAUUGUUUCUUGACAUUUUGUCAAUAAAUAAAGGGAAUAUUAUCGAUGAAAAUGAGACACCGAAAAGCUGACGAUUAACGUGAACAAUAAAGUGUUAAGAGAAAAUUUUAGAAAGGAAGAAAAAUGUUUUACGCACACUUUGUCCUGGCCAAAAAGGGCCCAUUGGCCCGAAUUUGGCUCGCUGCACAUUGGGACAAAAAAUUGACCAAGGCCCACGUUUUUGAAACGAAUAUUGAAAAAUCUGUUGACGGAAUUCUUCAGCCAAAGGUAAAAAUGGCACUGAGAACAUCUGGUCACUUGUUACUUGGAGUGGUGCGAAUUUAUUCGAGAAAGGCAAAAUAUCUGUUGGCUGAUUGUAAUGAGGCAUUUGUCAAAAUUAAAAUGGCAUUUAGACCUGGAAUGGUCGAUUUACCUGAGGAACAUCGUGAGGCUGCUGUCAAUGCAAUUACACUUCCGGAAGUUUUUCACGAUUUUGAUACUCCAAUGCCUGAAUUGAAGGAUGUGGAUAUCGAGGCACAAUUCAGUUUAAAUCAGUCGAGAGCCGAGGAAAUUACGAUGCGAGAGGAUUAUGGUAGUCUAUCGUUAGCUACUCACGAUCAAGGAUUUGGUGAUAUGAGUUUUGACGCGGAACCACCGGAAUUACUUCGUCAUGCUACGAGUAUGGAGCCCACGCUAGAUCAAGGGCAUAUGUUGUUCAGCGAGCCCGGAAUGGAGCCGAGUUUGGAGCAAAAGGAGAAGGAACCAGUAGCUGGAACGUCGGCAACAGCGCAGCCAAUGGAUAUUGACACACCAAUUCGAGACGAUGGUUUCGGUGGUCAUUUAGGCCAGGAUAUUAUUUCUGGUGGAUUAUUUGAAGGGGGUCUUUUCGAUGAAGCGCCAAUGGGAGAAGUACCUGUACCUGAAGUUAGUUCGAUUACCGAUCAACAGGAAGCCGUGUCCGCUGCCGCGGUGACUGCGGCGUCAAUUCAUAAUGACUCUGACGAUGAUGAUAUGGGCGAUCACUUUGGUGGUGGUGCGCCUUCUCCAAUGGGUGGAAUGAGUAGCAGUGACGGUUCAAGAGCUGCGACUCCGGCUAUGGCGAGUGACGAUCUCACUGAUAGAGCGAGUGUUGCUAGUCGUCGAUUUACUCCCGCACCGCCUUCAAUCGCUGAAGAUCAUGCAAUGGAUUCCAUUGAGGAUAUUCCACCACCUGUACAGGAACAGACGACAUUACUUCAUGACGAGGAGGAAAGUUUCGCUCUCGCUCCCGUCGACGCCUCUGCACUCAAGGGUUUCACGAAAGCGAAACGCAAGCGCAAGUUGAUUGUUGACGAAGUGAAAAAUAUCUCCGGUGAGGAAAUGAAGGCACAACUUUCGGAUACAAGUGAUAUUGUGACGACUUUGGACUUGGCGCCGCCGACGAAGAGAUUAAUGCACUGGAAGGAAACUGGAGGUGUUGAGAAAUUGUUUGCCCUCCCAGGAAGACCGAUACCCGCCCGAGUGUUGUUCAAGAAUUACCAGAGACAUUUGACGAGUAAAUCCUACGAUCACGAGGACUUUGGUAGAAUCGGUGGCGAGGAGGACGCAAUGCCCUUGGAACAAAUGAGAGAAGCCGGAGAACCAGAACCAACGUUCGAGCAGAGCUUCUUGGGAAGACGAUCGGGUCGCAAGCGCAAGGCCCCUGCCGACGAAGAGUUGAGACAGUCGGAGGACUUUGGACAGUUGUCGAUAGGAGCUGAGCCCGUGGACGGACCAAGUUUGAUACCGCAAACGCCAAUGCCAGCAACGCCAAUGCCCGGUGAUGUUUCAUUGCCCCAGGAGCCGUCGAUUCCCGAUAUUUCAGGAAUGAUGGCGUCUGUGGAGCCAUCGGAAAUCAUGGAACCAGUACCGGAAGUACCAGCUGCUCUCAGUUUGGACAUUCCGCAAAUACCACCGAGCGACGUAAGUUCGCUUCUUGGAACGAAUGAUGAACUACCAAUUCCACAAGCGGACGAACAAUUAGAACAUCCUUCGCAGACGCCACUUCAUCACGGAUCAAGUAUGGAACACUUGCCCCAAAUUCCAAUUUCCGAACCAAUUCCAAAUCAAAUGCAAGAACUGGAACAAUUACAAGAUAUGUCGCAUUUACCUCAAAUGGAAAACAUGGGUUACGAUCAGACACAGCCUCCAGUUUCAUAUAUGGGAUUCGACGAACAUCAACCUGCGGCGCAUACACCUGGUGCCAUUUCGGAAAGAGGAGGACCCGCAUCGCCUUGGAAUCAGGACGAUUACGAAUUUCCCCCUUCUGUUGGACCGCAAGAAGAACAGCAAGUGGACGAAACGUACGAACAGUUUGAGGAACGUGUUCUUAAUAAGAGAGCAGCGCAUAUGUACCAUGUAAUAAAAAGUAAAUUGGAGACCAAAGACAGAUUAACACUCGCUGAAAUGGCAUACAAAAAUAAUCGAAAGCAGGCUGCACAGAAAUUCUACACACUUUUAGUCCUAAAGAAAUUUCAAGUGUUGGAACUAAUGCAAGAAUAUUCCUACGCGGAUAUUGUUGUAACCAAAGGACCCAAGUUUGAAAAUCCAGCGCUUUAAAAAGAGAAGUAGAGAGAAAAAAACAAAAAAAAAUAAAUAAAUAUCUUUAUUUUUUAUCGGAAAAAAAAGAAAACCAAACUUAUUGCAGAAAAAAAUGGAACUAUGCAUAUUUACUUAUUAUUUUAUUAUUAUAAAACAUAAGCACUGACGGUGAUUUAAAAUCACGUCACAACUAAUAUUUCUGUAUCAAUUUCUUGUUUUUUUUUCUUGAAAAAAAAAAUUACUCUCUGAAGAUAUAUAUAUUUUUUCGUUUCUUUAAAAUAAAACACAGUGAAAUUAUGCAUAAAAAUAUAGAAGAGUACAUUUUUUUUCAAGAAAAAGAUUUUUAAAGAAAAAAAAAUGGGAGCACAAAAAAAAUAUGUUUAAAAACAAUUACCGAAAUAUUAGUCGUUACUUUGAUUUUAAUUGUUUAUUUCUUUUUACUGGUAAAGAAGAGAAGAACCGUCAUUUGUGUCGAGCGAGAAAUAUAUUUUCUCGAAACUAAAUUAUUUAGAAUGUUAUUAUUAUCAAUAGUAGAUCUUGAAUAUUUAUUUCGCAAUUCCGGCGAGGAUCUCAUAUUGACGAUAUUUCAUCGGGAUUUCACAGUUUAAAAAUUAAACGUAUCUCGAUUAUAAUUUUUUUUUAUUUUUGACUUUAAAUAAAUUGAUAAAUUGAAAAAAAUUCAUAUAAAGAAUAAGAGAAAAUAUUUCUAAAAUUUCUUCAUGGAAGAAUUUUGUGAUAAAUACGAUAAUAAACGUGUAUAAUUUUGAAAGUUUGGGAAUUUUCCUUCAGAGAAGAAUACAAACAUUUUUCUCGUGAAUAAAAGAAAAUUUAUUUCGCGCUUUUUUGGCUUUUGAACGUGAUGUGAAGAAAGUUAAUUAAAGUCAAUUUAGGAAAGAAAGAAAUAGAGAUACGUCUAAUUUUAUUCACUUUGUACGGAAUUUACAAAAAUGAAUUCCUUUCGAAGAUGCCUUUGGAUUUAUACACAUAAUAUAAAUAUAUAUUAAGAAUUAACAAAAUAUUGAAUAUAUAUCACUUCUUUUUAUUAACAAAUUUAUUUUUUGUCUAUUUGAAAAUUUUUUCUUUGUGUUUAUAUUAUAUAUUUACUUUUUCAUCUUCUCCCAUGGGGAGAAUUUUCGAUAAUUUCUUUUCGACUGGAAAUUUUACUCCAUACAACUUUCUAAUGAUAUGUAUAUUUCAAUUUAUGAGAAAUUUAGUUGAAAUUUAAAAUCGAGUUUAAUUUGUAGUCGACAAAACAGAGAAAAAAUGAAUGAAAAUUUUCCUUAUGGUGAAGAAAAAAAAAAUUAUUUCCUCUAUUCAAUUCUUAGUUUAUGAAAAAAAUAAAUAAAAGUAAAAAAAAAAUAAAUAUUUAUCGAGUACAAGUAAAUUUUAGAGUUUUAACGAAUUGUUUACGAUUUUCUUUUUAAUUUGUCUAAUGUCUUUUUUAUGGAAUUUAGAAAAAAAGGAAUUUAAAUAUAUUGUUGGGUGUUUGGAAGUGAUACGUAUUCUUCUAGUAAAAAAAAAAACUCUUUAGUGAUAGAUACACGAUUAAUAGUUUGUAUAAAAUAUUACGUUGCAUAGAGGCAUACUUUAUUGGUAUUGAGAACUAUAAUGACUAUGCUUGAAGUUUCAUAUGUAUCUAAUAGUUUUGUUAUAGAAGAUAAUUUUUAAAAAAUCAUUAAUUGUAAUAUAUUAUGAAACAUAUCGAUAAAAUCAAGAAAAAAAGAA